AUGAAACUUGGCGACAGAAUUGAAAAUGCGAGAAACGAAUUGAAAAAAUUAAGUGAGGAUGAUGCGGAAGAAACAGCUCUCAAAACGAUUGCAAAUAAGAAGCAUCAAGAAGAUCUUGAAGCGGAAGAGCAUCGUCAGCGAUAUAUUCAAGAAUGCGCCGAAAUGGAAAAGGCAAAUGCAGCUCGUAAUCAGCAGCAAAUGCGAGAAUGGGAGAUUCGACAAGGGAUAGAUUCUGAGCGAGCAGUGAUAGAAGCUUUGACUCGACAAAACGAAACUGAAGAGUUUCAACAGCUCCUACUCAAACAAGUUUCGACAGGUUUGAAGUCAUCAGAAAUGUCAGAUGAAGAUGAACUGACAUUGGCAGAGUUGUCUAAACAUACGAAUCGAAAAAUGAUAACAUUCAAUGGAAUUCCAAAUGCAACAACCAAUUGUGGUGGAAUACCCAACGGUUAUGAGGGUUUUAAUUGGGACAAUGUUGGUUAUAUUAAUGAAUAUUUUGCUAGAGCACAAUACAAGGAUUGUGGUUUUGUUAAUGCAUUCAGUAAUGGCGGAAAAUAUGUUGCGUUUAAUUGGGCUGCUAAUCCAAUGUUAAUAUCAUCCACGAAUAAACAUGUAUUUGAUGUUUAUUCCCUGGUAGCAAAUGCUGCUCAUAAUGACAAUUUACCACUAACAAUUACCGGAUUACAACGAGGUAAUGAAACAUAUAAGAAAACGGUUACAUUACAACUGAAAGAACCACAAAUCAUUGAAUUAAACUGGCCUCGUAUUGAUACACUACAUCUUCAGGCAUCUGGUGAUUCGCCUCAUAGUAAAUGGUUUGACUUAAGUCAGUUUAUUUUAAGUUGUUUAAAUAUCGGUUUAUUUCAAACAGCUUCAUAA